AUGCUCCGUCGUUGUGUUCAGAAGAAUGCCGCGCACAUCAAAAACAUGAUGAUGAGCUCUCAAAUCAUCACGGCUCAACGAGCGAACUACAGCACUGCUCAAUCUCAACAUUCACUUCCAAAAACCUUUGGCGUUAUUGGUGCCGGUCAGAUGGGAGGAGGUAUUGCUUUGGUUGCAGCCAUGAACGCUAAAAUCCCUUCCGUUCGUGUUCAUGACGUUUCUCCUCAAUCCAUUGACAAGUGUAAAAAGUUGAUCCAGACCUUGUUGGAUAAGUAUGUUCAAAAAGGAACAUUGACUGCUGAGGAGAGACAAAUUAUUCUUUCCGAAAGACUCUCCUUCUCAUCGGGAACUGAUUUGAGUAAAUUAGCUUCGGGAUGUGAGUUUAUUGUGGAGGCUGCCACUGAACAAACGGAAUUGAAAUUGGGCUUGUUCAAGGACUUGUCUCAAUUGGUUCAUUCCAAUAACAGUGCUGAAACUAGCAAGACCAUUCUUGCUACGAACACAUCCUCUAUUUCAAUUACCAAGAUUGCUUCUCAAACAUUGGAUCCAUCCACAGUGAUCGGAAUGCACUUUAUGAAUCCAGUACCAGUCAUGACACUUGUUGAAAUUAUUAGAGGACUUCAAACAUCAGAUCAAACCUAUGAGAGAACAACUCAAUUAGCCCAUGCCAUGAACAAGACUUGUACUCUCUCCAUUAAGGAUUCUCCAGGAUUUAUUGCCAAUCGUAUUUUGAUGCCAUAUAUUAAUGAAGCUGUCAAUGUUUUGCAUGAAGGUAUUGCAACUGUUGAAGAUAUUGACAAGACAAUGAAAUUGGGAACCAAUGUUCCAAUGGGUCCAUUAACAUUGGCUGAUUUUAUUGGUUUGGAUACAUGUUUGGCAAUCAUGAGAGUCUUGUAUACUGAAUUUGCGGACAGUAAAUACAGACCAUCUCCAUUGUUGGUAAAGAUGGUGGAAGCUGGAUGGUUGGGAAAGAAGACUGGAAGAGGUUUUUACAAGUAUUAA